AUUACAGUCGCAGAAUUUUACUUUCAGAUCUACUGAAUCGUUCAAAUUCUCCCGAUUAAUGGCCUUUUGUGUUCUUGUGCGCCGGGUCAAAAUCAAAUUACACUGACAUUCUGCUUGGAUGGGAGGUACAGUGUUGCAGGUAGUGUUGUGUCUUUUCUUUGUACAUUAUUACUCGUAGAUUCUGUUCUUGCAUGCAAGAACAGAAGCUAGUCAUUUCCUAGCUAUAUUGGACCUUUUAUAAAUGUUCUGGCUGAUGUACUUUUGAGAAACCUGGCAUAAAUGUAGCAUUUUAGAAAUGAACAUGCAGUAGGCAAGUCAUGUUUUUCCAGAAGUGUUUUCUUAGAAAUGAACAUGCAUGUUUUUACAAAAGUGUUUUUUUCCCCCCCUCUGUUUCACUGUGGUUACCUGUCUCUGCCUGGGGCUUAGGCCCAGCCUUGUUUACAGCCAGCGUUGCAAAUUUUCCUGAGGCAAAAUUAUUCCCUUAUGACUAAAAAAUUCAUCCAAGUGGAAAAUGUGGCACCACUUUGCAAUUUGUCAGAUACUUUCCAAUCAACUAAAAACAAGGUAAUUGUAGGAGGUUGUGGAAAUCAUAGAAUUUGCAGAAUAUGUAAUGAAUCUUGGCUAACAUGGUCCAACAAGGGGAGUGGCAGUUUUAUGCAGGGAGAUGCUACAUACAAAAUGGCAAGAACCGAAGUGUUCUCUUCAGGAUGGUAUCCACCAUUUGCUAGCAAGAACAGCGCUCAACGUGAUGGAUGCAGUUUGCGUUCCAAAGCUGGACAAUUAAAGUUCCCAAGGCUGCUGGGAAAUAAGAGCUUGUUUCAAAUAUGUUAAUCUCAAAUUGCACAUCAAUAGUCUUUUGAUGAGUGAUUUGUUGGUUGCUCAGAGACCAGAGUUUCCUUUUGAAAAUGCAACAGUUGACUUUCAGUGGUCCUUCUGAGUCAUACACCUUCCACGUAAUUAUAGGUGAACCUCAGCUGCACAAUACCACCCCGUGGGGCCGUCAUCUGAAUCAGCCGUGAAGCCGUAAACAAAGGUUGUCUUGGAGUGCUUGAUCUCAGAGGAUAACCUGACAAAAAGAAAAUAUGCUGUGCCUCCCCCAAGCCACUUAAGCUUGCACUGUACAAGAGACGCUGCUAGUACGUGUUGAUCACCUGAGAAACUCAUAAAAGAGCCAGGAGAGACCUCGGAUGCAGAAUCAUGUAAUGAGGCAAUAGAGACCUAGAGCUGUGGGGUUAGAAUGUCUGCGGUGUCGAUGAGAGAAGCCCUGGGCCUGGAGCUGCUGAGGGGGCAGUCCAGGGAGGGUCUGGAGCUGAAGUCCAAUGUGGUGCGAGUCUUCAUUAGCUCAACAUUUUCAGAUAUGGGCAGAGAGAGAGAUGUGUUACUGGAUAAAGCAUAUCCAGAACUCCAGUCUUUCUGUCAGGGUCUGGGCCUGGUCUUUGAGGUUGUAGAUAUGAGAUGGGGUGUCCGUGACACAAUUGCCGUGGAUCACAUGACAACUGAGUUGUGUCUCCAGGAGAUUCAGUCUUGUAAGAGGAUGUCUGUGGGCCCUACUUUCACUGUUCUGCUGGGAAAUCGCUAUGGCUACCGGCCAAUUCCUCGACUCAUCCCCGAGAAUGAGUUUGAGCUGCUGCUGUCCAAGCUGACUAAGGACCAGGAGGGAGUGGGGCUCCUCACUGACUGGUUCUGGAAAGAUGAUAAUUCGGUCCCAUCCACCUAUGUUCUGCAGCCAAUCACCACUCAUUUGCCCCAUUAUGAUGAUACGCGCCCUGAGAGUUACGAGCAGCAUGAUAAUGACGUAGUUACCUGGCGCAUCACAGAAGAGCGUAUCUUGCGGCUGCUACGUACCGCCGCCCUCCAGGCAGAGAAAGAUGGGGCUAUUACCACAGAGCAAAAUCAUAAGUUCUUCAAAUCUGUGACUGAGUGGGAGAUUGAGCAGGGUCUUCUGGGAUUUCAGAAGAGUGACCCCUACACUGUGCUCUUUGUGCGCGAGUUGUCACGUUUGCACAAGCAUGAAAGCCAUAGGAACUUUGCCCAGUUUGUGGAUGUGACUGCAGACGGGCUGGUAGAUAAGGAAGCUCAGGAGCUUCUGUCAAAACUGAAGACUCAAAUCUAUGCUCUGUGUUCAGGCCUUGUCAACGUCCACUCUCUGGAGCUCAACAGAGUUGGUAUAGACCCGGGCUGCAAGGUGCACGCUAAGUACCUCCAGAGCCUGUGUGAGCAGUUUGUCUCCCAGAUGAAGGCAAAGAUAAGCAGGGCUGUCGGAUCUUCAUCACCUGCCAGCAUGACUGGGGGAGCAGAGUGGGGCUGGCUGUGGCAGGAGAUCAGCCAUCACCUGCUGUUGAGUUCCAACAAAUGUGCAGUUUUCUGUGGCAGGGAGAGCCUCCUAGGAAAGAUUUGUCUCACCAUGUGGGAAUCAACAAACACCUACCAUGGGCCCCUAGUUGUGUAUGGGCCCUCAGGGAUUGGCAAGACUGCCCUGAUGUGCAAGCUGGCACAGGAAAUGCAGGGGGUUCUGGGCCCUAAGUCAGUGGUGGUGCAGAGGCUGCUGGGAACAUCUCCUUUGAGCUCUGAAAUUGACUCCGUUUUGAGGAGUGUCUGUUUUCAGGUAUGUGGGGCAGUUGGUCUGCCAUUACCCACCACCCAAACCACCAACAACCAUGAAGACUUGGUGAGGUUCUUCCAUGGUCUCCUUGCCCAAGUGUCGCAGCAGAGAGACUCCCUCCUCAUCAUCCUGGACUCCCUGGACCAGCUUUCUGAAGCCAACCAUGCCCACAAGCUACACUGGCUGCCCAAAGAGAUCCCGCCUUACGUCCAAAUAGUAGUCUCCACUGUGGAUUCUGGGCCACCUCUCCUGGAGGCCCUGAGAGGUAUGAUUCCAGCGCCAGAAAAUUUCUUCCUUGUCGAGCAGCUGGGAGUCGAUCAAGGCCGAGAAAUCAUCGAUGCCUACAUGAGAGCGGCAGGACGUCGGCUGACUUCGGAUCAGCGCGACGUGGUUCUGCGUGGCUUCCAGCACUGCGGCCACCCCCUGUUGCUGAAGCUCACCCUGGACACAGCACGACGUUGGGCUUCCUACACCGCCGUGUCUGAGCUCCAGCUUGGCAGCACUACGCAGGAAGCGGUCUCUCUGCUCUUCCAGCAUCUGGAGAAGAAACACGGGCGCCAGCUUAUCAGUGCUGCGCUGGGGUACAUCGUAUCGUCAAGGGAUGGGCUAUCGGAGGCGGAGCUGCGAGAUGUGCUGUCCUUGGAUGAUGAGGUCCUGGCUGACGUCUAUCAGUACUGGCUGCCACCCUCCCUUGCCUUCAUCCGUCUGCCCCCCCUGCUGUGGAGCCGCGUCAGGCAUGACCUGGGGGAGUACCUGGUGGAGAGGCAGACCCAUGGCGUCUCCGUGCUGGGACUCUACCACAGGCAGUUUAUUGAAAUGGUGCAGGAGAGGUACUUGUCCGUGGAGUCCAAGGCAAAGAGUCACAGUGUCCUUUCUGAUUACUUCCUGGGUCUCUGGAGCCAAGGCAAACUCAAGCCUGUCUUUCUACCUGCGCUGACAUUUAAUACCAAACUUAAUUCUGACAGGAAGGUGUCCCCUCAGCCCUUAUGGUUUGCUCAAGGUGUUGCCAACACCAGGAAGCUGAGGGAGCUCCCCUACCACCUAGUGCAUGCAGGCAAAUGGGAAGAACUGCAUCAGGAAGUUAUUGGGAGUACAGAGUGGCUGUGCUGUAAAACUCUGACUUGCGGUGUGGCCAGUGUUAUCGAAGACUUGUCCCUCUGCGCUGAGGCCAGUGGCUGUCCUGAGAUCGGGCUGAUACGAGACACUUUUUUACUCAUGAAGCCCACACUGGAUUUCAUAGAUGGACGGAUGGACCUAUGCCUCUUCUACACUGAGAUCUUCGCUCGGCUCUACACCUUUGCUGAGAUGUACCCGACUCUGAUUGGUCGCCUGUGCUCCCAGUGUCAGGACUGGUUCAGCGCCUGUCCCAACCCUGUUCUGGUCCCCAGUUGUAGCUUCUUCCAGCCUCCAGGAGGGGCACUGAAGACAACCCUCACUGGCUUCCAGAAAGGAAUCACAGCAGUAGAUCUUUGUGUCGAAAAGGGGCUUUUGGUGGUGGGUUCAGAGGAUGGGAAAGUGAUUGCCUGGAACCUGGAUGAAUUAGAAGUUAUCCAUAACUUUACAGGGCACACAGCGGGGAUAUCCUGUGUGAAAGUGAUUGACAGGGGAGCCCGCUACCUCUCCUCGGCCUUCGAUGGUACUCUGAGGCUGUGGAGUCUGCUGAGUGGCAGGCAGCUGUACUCCAUCUCUAUAGAGUGUCCCCCCGGUACCCAGCCCCCCACACAGAUCCAUGUGAUUGAGGAGAAGGCUGUCAUCUACUGCAUCACAGGAGCCCAGCUAAAUGCAUGGCACCUUGAAACAUCUGAGCUCCUCUUCCAAAUUGUGUUGCCUGAGGGGAGCGUGUCCUCCAUGCUUGGUGUGCUGAGUGGAGCAGUUGCAUCCCUCACAGAUGGAGGACUCCUUACUUUCUAUGACUGGUCAACCGGCUUGGGGCAAAAAGAGACCUGUUUGAUGGUGGACCAGGAGAAUUUCACCCCUACAUGUCUGCUGACCCUGCACAGGCAUGACAAAUUGAUCAUCGGCUCCAAGGAGGGUUUCCUUCAUCUGGUUUCCUGUCAUGGAAAACAGACUAUUACCAAGCUUCUGGCUGAAGUUUCUUUUCUCACCACAUCUGACGAUGAAAAGCUUCUGUGUGCAGGUUUCGCGAAUCAAGUAGCUGUGUUCCAUGUCCAGGACUUAGUGCAGAAGGGCCUGCAUCAGGUGUUCCGGCAUGAAUACACUGUCCUCACCGCAGUAGCCCCCUGCCAUCGAAGAGUGCUCAUCACUGGCUGCGAGGACCAGACUAUAAGGGUUUGGUGUUUAUCCACUGGAGAUCUCCUCGACACAUUUACGGGCAUGGGUGCUCCUGUCACCACUCUGGUGGUUUACGAGGACACUGUUAUCUCCAUGUCCAGCAGCACCUACUACCUGAAGCUGUGGCACUUGGACUACAAUCACAAGCACAAGACAAAUAACUGUUUCCCAGCCAGUAGCCCUCUUGUAACGGUCUCCCGCAGUGGUGACGCAGUGUACUUCCUCAAACACGGAGACAGGAAGGAAGUCGUCAUAUGGGAUUGUCGCACAGGUGCGUCCAGUGAACCCAUUACAGUUUCAGCUGAAGUCAGCUGCCUGGAGCUGGCUCCACAAAAGAAGCUGCUGUUUUGCGGGCUGAAAACCGGCACCAUCCUGAUCUACCCACUGGCAUUCGCUCCCGAAACCUUGUGCAUUCCCCCUCCGGAGACCCUGCCCUCAGUCCGCUGCUUGGCUGUCAGUCACUUGGAGGACAGGGUGGCCGUGGCUUAUGAAGGUGGUAUUUCCUUGUUUGAGAUCACCGUUAGGGACAGUUUCCCUUGCAUUGAGGGUCCCUUAGAAAAACUGCCCCUCUCGCUGCUGCAUUCCCCCAUUUCAUCCAUGGCUUUGCUGCCUAACGGCAGGUUGCUCAAUGGCACAUUGAGUGGGGAGGUCAUGCUGUAUGAUUUCAAGACUGCCUCAGCAGUGUCCCUGGAUGACCACUCUUCUGAGAUUACAUGCAUCACAGUGAAUCACCGUGGAACGCAUGCUUUGAUUGGCUCCCAGGAUUCCAUUCAAAGGCUGUGGAGCUUAUCACCUCUGGAGCUGAACUACACAAUGGACUACAAGGGAUUCUUCUUUGAAGGGAUUCUUUGUGCAACUUUCUCAGAAGAUGACCGGUAUAUUUAUACUGGGUCUCACGACAGGACCAUCAAAGUCUGGGAUGCAUCCAAUGGGCGUUUACUUGUCGUCCAGUAUGUCUACGCCUCAGUCACAAAGAUUUUACCCUUCAAGGACGGGUUUGUUGCAGUCUCUCAGCUGGGUCAUGUCAUCAAGGAGCGGUUCCGCUGUCCAAGUCACAUCAGUGCGGAGUACAACCCACUGCAGAACAUUCGGGGCCAGUACAGAGUCAUUUCCAGGUCAAGUUCGCCCGAAAGCCCUGUGCUGACCAAGGAGAAAGAGGAGAGCAGGCCCAUCCAUCUUCGUGUCCAGAAGACCAAGUCUUCACACACUUGCCUCCUGCUAUGACAGCAAAUUGACUUUGCAGUCAGUUAAGAACAGUCUCGGCUGUGGAGUGUACCUGAGGAAGCCUUCAUCACAAAGCUCCACAAAGUUUGAGGAUAAUCAAGUUUGAUUAAGGGGAAUAAUGAGGAUAUGGUUGAUGUGACUAUGCAUUUCAUUUUUUUUCUAUAUUAUUUUUCACUGUUAAUUGAUAUCAAUGUGUAAAAUCACAUUUUACAUAUAUGGCUUACCAAUUAGACAAUACAUGUUGUUAAAAUGCUUGUAUCCAUAUCCACUUGCAAAAAAAUGUUGUUUCACAGAGUAGCAAGACAGUAUGAAAUGGCUUAAUAUAAAAUGGCCCAUUAAUAGCAGGUAAAAUAUUGAACUUUACAUAGAAUACAUAUCUAUUUGUAAACAGUUUGAACACUUUCAUUUGAUGUAACAGUUAAAAAUAUAUAAAAAUACAAUGUCACAGCUUUGAUAAAUACAUUUCUAACAACAAUAAAUGAAUUACACAUAAAAUAAACAUUUUUUAUCAAGCUGAUGUAUCCA